AUGAAUCGUUUACGGAAACAGGAGGAGACAGAUAAAAUGACUCGUAUAGCUAUCGUCGAAAAAGACCGAUGUAAACCAAAGAAUUGUGGCCUUGCAUGCAAGAAGUCUUGUCCUGUUGUUCGAAUGGGGAAGCAAUGUAUUGUUGUUGAAUCGAAUUCGAAAAUGUCAGAAAUAUCUGAAACCUUAUGUAUUGGCUGCGGUAUCUGUGUAAAGAAAUGUCCUUAUGAAGCAAUAAAAAUAAUAAAUUUGCCAAGCAAUUUGGCGAGAGACACAACUCAUCGCUUCAGCUUAAAUUCAUUUAAGUUACACCGAUUGCCAACACCACGGACAGGCGAAGUUCUUGGUCUUGUGGGCACAAAUGGAAUUGGAAAAUCAACCGCACUGAAAAUUUUGGCCGGCAAAUUAAAACCAAAUCUGGGACAGUUUCAGGCACCUCCAGAUUGGCCCACAAUCUUAACUCAUUUUCGUGGUUCAGAAUUGCAGAAUUACUUCACAAAAAUAUUAGAAGAUAAUUUGAAAGCAGUUGCGAAGCCACAGUAUGUGGAUCAAAUUCCGAAAGCAGCAAAAGGACAGGUACAAGAAUUGCUGAGUAAAAAAUGUGAUCGAGAAAAUUUGUCACAAGUAUAUGACGAGUUGGGUAUGUUUUAUUGCCUUUAUCGGAUGCUGGAUCAGCUAUCAGGUGGAGAAUUACAGCGUUUUGCAAUAGCAAUGUGUGUUGUGCAACAUGCUGAUGUUUAUAUGUUCGAUGAACCUUCUAGUUAUUUGGAUGUGAAGCAACGUUUAAAGGCUGCAAAAAUUAUACGAGAAUUAGUGACACCUCAUAAUUAUGUAAUUGUGGUUGAACAUGAUUUGGCUGUACUGGAUUAUUUAUCUGAUUUCGUAUGUUGUCUUUAUGGUUUACCUGGUGUUUAUGGAGUUGUGACGUUGCCAUCUGGUGUUAGAGAAGGGAUCAAUAUAUUUUUGGAUGGCUUCAUCCCAACUGAAAAUAUGCGGUUCAGAGAUUCUGAAUUAUCCUUCAAAGUCACUGAUCAAACAGAAAAGGAGGUGAUUAAACGGACAGCUCGUUAUACUUAUCCUUCAUUCACGAAAAAAAUUGGAAAUUUCGAAUUGAAUGUGAAGGGGGGUGAAUUUACUGAUUCCGAGAUCAUUGUUAUGCUUGGAGAAAAUGGCACCGGUAAAACGACUAUGAUCAGGAUUCUUGCUGGUAAUUUGCAAAUAGAUGAUGAUUCAGUAGAAAUUCCACGGCUUAAUAUAUCGUAUAAACCGCAAAAGAUUAGUCCGAAAUCACAGUGUUCUGUGCGUGAUCUUUUAUAUGAAAAAAUACCAGAUAUGGUAAAUCAUGCACAAUUCAGGACGGAUGUUCUUUCUCCCUUAAUGAUUGAUAAUUUACUUAAUUUGCAGGUGCAACAUUUAUCCGGUGGUGAACUGCAACGAGUUGCAUUAGCGUUAUGUCUCGGUAAAGCAGCUGAUGUUUAUUUAAUUGAUGAACCUAGUGCUUACCUUGAUUCGGAGCAACGCUUGCAUGCUGCCAAAGUUAUCAAAAGGUUUAUACUACACGCCAAGAAGACUGCAUUUGUUGUUGAGCAUGAUUUUUUAAUGGGAACAUAUCUUGCCGAUCGCGUUAUAGUAUUUGAGGGAUUACCAUCGAACAAAUGUUUUGUAUGCAGGCCUCAGUCGCUACUAGAAGGCAUGAAUCGAUUUUUACGACUUUUGGAUAUUACUUUCCGACGUGAUAAGGACAAUUAUCGGCCGCGUAUUAACAAAAAGGAUUCCGUCAAAGAUAUGGAACAAAAAAAGAGUGGGAAUUACUUUUUCUUAGAUGUGGACUAG